GAGAUCGAGAGAUCAGAGGAGAUGGACGCGAAACAAGACGGUUUUCUGAUAUCUUCAUUCAACACUCGAAUCACAGAGGUAGAGGAACUCAUUACCGCGAGCAACACCGACGAGCAGCGUCGGAGAUUUUUCGGAAGUUGAUGCAGGAUUUAAGGCGUGGAGAUGUAGGUGCAGAUGAUGAAUGACAAAUUGCGUCCGCACCAUUGGUUGUUUGGCAAGUUAGGGAAAUGAACGAUUUACGAUGAAUUAAUUGAAUAAAAUCCCUCGAAAUUGCAUCUUGAUUCAUUUUUGGAGGAUUGUCGGUGUAUCCGGCGAUGUUUGAUCGAAUUCUAUCUCCGGUGCUCUACGAAUCCUAUCUCUGGUGAUGUACUUUUGUUUUACCUCAAUUCUCCGGCGAUAACGGACCUCAAUUCUUUGGUGAUCUACUAAUCGUUUGUUAUCCACACACAGAGUUCUCUAUUUGGAAUGUGGAGAAGAAGAAUCAAUUACAAAGUCUUUGCAGGCUUAAAUUGUUGAUGUACUUUGCAUGGGCCAGAGAAGCAGAGCCUUUAAUCUGCUUUUAGCUUGUUGCAAUGGAAACAGCACUUAUGAGCUGAUGAUGUUUAUAUUCUUACAUACUGUUGAUAAUCCCUGAUCCUCUGGUAAGUUGCAUGUCAUUGAAUUUUAGUUCCAUUGCAAAUUCAUGUUUUAUUUUGAGCAAAGUCUGUUUUGUACAUAUAAAACAGUCCAUAAUUUAUUAGAAAACUUGCUUUCAAUGGAAAUCAUCAUGUUUGAGAGGAUGGGCAGAAAAAAGCGACGGAAAAGAAAAAAUGUUUGGUAUUUGGAGAUUUUCUCAUUAUUAACUCGGCAUAUCAACAUCCAACCUUCACAUUUAUCUCUUUAUGGUUAUUUUCCUUUUAUUUUGAGAGAUUUCAGAAAAGAAAAAUUUGCCCAGUUUUGGUGAAAUAUGGGCUUGAUGGUGGUUUGUUUAUACAUUUUUGCUUCCAUUUAAUUAGUUUUUUCAUGUCAGUCUCUGUGCCUUCACUUUCACAAUCCAUCUAGAUGUUUCUGUGCUUCCUAGAAGACGAAAUUUUUUAUUACAGUGGUCUUGAAGGACCACCUUCAUCCUUUUUGGUUUUACCUACCAUAUUCUGUCUCAUAUUAUUGUUUAGUAUAUUUAUUUUACAAAGCUAUUAUCGGAUUAUGGUUUAGGUUUUUUUUGGUAGACAUUUGACAACAUAAAACGAAUAACAGUAAAAAAAGCACGUUGGGUAACUCAUUUAUCAUCAGGUAACAACCGCUCUCAAGGGGAUCUCUUAAGUGGUUAAGAACUUGAAAUUCUAAGUUAGAGAUCUAGAGUUUGAAUUUUAAGAUGGGUGGGAAGGAAUUAAGAAAAGGGGAGGGCUAUC